UGGAACUAUUGCGCACAGAAUGUGUUUCCUGAGACAUUCAAAUGCCGACGGAACACACGUGGACUCCAGUUGAAAACAUCCGGCUGUCUGUGCACGUGUGGGCCUACUCGGAAAUCAAUUUUCAUAUUCUAAGCAUUUAGCAACAUACCAAUCCCCAUGGCUGGAAGAGGCAGGGGUCGUGGAAGGGGACAGAUGACCUUCAACCUGGAGGAUGUGGGCAUAGGAAGGGGGGACAGCCUGCCCCCCACCACCUUUAAGCCCUCACCCCUCUUCCCUCCCAUGCCAGUCCAGCCUGUGCCCCUACAGACAGGAGAGGAGGUGGAGUACAUGCUUGCUCUGAAACAGGAGCUGAGGGCCGCCACCAAGACCCUGCCUUUCUACAUCAGACGGGCUGCUCCCAAAAGAGAUGUCGAUCGCUACUCUGAUAAGUACCAGAGCGGAGAGCCCAAGGACAGCACCAUCGAGUGGAGCCCAGACUGGAGCAGAUUGCCUAAAGAGCUUUGCGUUAAAGUGAGACAACCUCGGGGUAAAAGACCCACACCUCAAGUUAAACGGACAAAGAAACCUCUUGUAGGAAAAGAGGAGAUUCUCACCAAGCUAGAGACUCUUGAAAAGAAAGAAGAGGCGGUGAACUCUGAGGAAGAGCAGGACGAGGAGAAAAAGAAGACGAAUGAGGAAGAAGAACAGGCAGAUGAAGAGGACUAUGAGGAAGACUUUGAAGAGGAUACCGACUACAUCAUGUCUUACUUUGACAAUGGAGAGGAGUUUGGAGGGGACAGUGACGACAACAUGGACGAAGCCACUUACUGAGAGACCGUAAGAGUGUUGAUAACACUGAAUAGACAAAAGGAGACGGCUUUGAGUUAUCCUCCCUGCGGACAUAGUUACAGUAUUCUAAUUACUUGUGGAGUCAUUGGCCAUGGGAAGAAAGACAUUGACCGGUAUAGUCUAAAACAUGGAAAGAACAAUAUGCUGCUAUGUGAUAACCUAGAUCCAAGACAUGGAAGAUGGUGACUGCUGGUGAAUACAGUGGCUCAAUGUAGACAUCUAGAGAGAAUAGUCAGACAUUUUAUUAUUGUGUGUGGUGAUUUAAAGUGCCAAAGAUCCUAACUAGUCAUGCUGACUGUUCCCCUUUCUUCAGCUAUGUUGAGGUAGUAAUGGGAGCUGAAGUAUUUACAGGAUAUUGAUGCCUUUUAUAACUUUAACGGAUUUGAUGGUUUUAAUUAACACGUACAAUUGCAGCAGUCUAUGGUUUUUAAAGUAAAGACGUGUUUUAGAGAGGUAUUUUAGCUUUUGUAAUUCCUUGGUGUAAGUCUCUUUUAAGUGUAUACGACAAUCAAAUGUUGGCUAAGACAUUGAAAACAAUAGUUGCAAUCCCCCCAAAAAAUGGUGUGUAUUCUUUUUAAAUAUUUUUUUCCUGUAAUGUAAAAUUAUGUUAUGCAAGUUGACAAUUUGAAAUAGUUGAAUUUGAGUCUAAAUACAUUUUAUAGCUCCAGAGUAAAUAUUUGUAUCAACCAACCAGCAGAUGGCAUAUUACUCCAAGGUAAAUCAGGUGUGGUGUAUUUUCACUGUGUUUAGUUGGUAGGUUAUGCAGUUGACAAAAAAAGUUAUUCACCAUUGCCAAUUUAAAAGGAGCAGGGAUGGAAUUGGGUGUGAACGUGUGUAAACUCAUGACAUGUUAAAAGUGUUUUUUCAGCCAACUUCCUGGUAAUUUAUAGUGGUAAGCUCCCAGAAUGUUUUUUACUGUUUUUUUUAUUCUACCCGUUAAAGGGAGUGAUCCUCCAUUUCCUUGAACAGCUUUUAACAUCCUGCCGUCCAAGGUGAAAAGACAACCCUUAAAAUGUAAGCCUAGUCUAGGGCAGAAAGUUUACAUUGCGUGACUAGCUUUGAAAAACAUGCUUCUUUUUUUUUUACUCUGAAUAUCAGUCCUGUAAGUCUUCUGCUUUUUAACCAUUUGAUUUUGAGAAAUUCUAUAUCUAAACAACAUCAAUCACACUCAAACGAGGUGGGUAGCCUCAAGGUUAAAGCGUUUGUCCAGUAACUGAAAGGUCACUGGUUUGAAUCUCAAGGCAGACAAGGCGAAAAAUCUGACUCAUUGCCCUUGAGCAAGGCACUUGACCCUAAUUGCUCUAGGGGCACUAGAAAAUAGUGACCCACUCCCUGCGGGUGACUCACGGGGGAGUUGGGAUAUGCAAAUAACACACUUGUGAGUAACAACAAAUAUAAUCACCCCACAAAUAAUUAUUAUUAUUAAAAAAAGUGCAUUAUGCACUUGUGUGAUUCAUUAUCAUCCUCACACAGUCUGCUAGACCUGAUCCAGACUAGCCUACUGCAGGUGAACUCCAUCUCCUCUGCUGCUGGGUGUAAGUCAAGGUGGUCUACCAAAUGCCAAAGUUUUUCUUUGGUAUUUGUGUUUAAGCCAAAGCACUUGUCACGUCAUACACGUAUGCACACGUGUUGCCUUACAUGUUGACAUGUUCCCUCUGUGGUUCCCUCAUUAGAGCACAUCUAAACUAUGGAGAAAUACACUGAGUGUACCAAACAUUAGGAACACCAUCCUAAUAUUGAUUUGCACCCCCCCUUUUUUGCCCUCAAAACCGCCUCAAUUCAUCGCGGCAUGGACUCUACAACGUGUCGAAAGCGUUCCACAGGGAUGCUGGCCCAUGUUGACUCCAAUGCUUCCCACAGUUGUUUCAAGUUGGCUAGAUGGCCUUUGGGUGGUGAACCAUUCUUGAUCCACACAGGAAACUGUUGAGUGUGGAAAAACCCAGCAGUGUUGCAGUUCUCGACACAAACCGUUACGCCUGGCACCUACUACCCUAGCCCGUUCAUAGGCACUUCCAUUUAUUUAUUUUUGCACAUUGCACACAUACACAAUCCCUGUCUCAAGGCUUAAAAAUCCUUCUUUAACUUGUCUCCUCCCCUUGAUCUAACCUGAUUUGAAAUGGAUUUAACAAGUGACGUUAAUAAGAGAUCAUAAUUUCACCCGGUCAGUCUGUCUUAAUGUUUUGUAUGCUCAGUGUAUGUUUUCAUCUAGUUGCUAAGGGAAAUGAUACCCAUUGCUACUGUGUCGGGAGUUAGUCCUGGGGUUAGUUCCUUUUUAGGAACAGAAAACUGUGUAGUCAGCAUAGGCUGUGCACAACAAAUCAACUGCUUGUGUGUGCAUAGCCCCUGGCUGCUUUUUAAAGGGAUACUUUGUGAUUUUGUCAAUGAGGCCCUUAAUCUACUUCCCCAGAGUCAGACGAGCUAGUGCAUGCCAUUGUAUUGCAAAUGUUUUGGGUGUGGAAUUAAAUGUUUACAGUAGGCCUACUCUAUCUAAAGGCACGGGAAAGACAUGUAAACAGCACAGCUUCCUCAGAUAUGUGUGUGAACUAACCAGUUGAGCAACACGUUGCUUCAUGUCAGGUCAACGUUGUUUGCCUUACAUUGUAUUGCCUAUGGUUUUGUGGUUUAGGCUGAGGUAAGGAGUACUGUUCCUCCAAAGUAAUAGUUGCUGCAGUCUUUAUUGCUUUCAGUUCAAGUUAUCUAGUGUCACAUCUUCUGAAAAGUGAGUAAUAUUAUGUGCUGAACAAAAGUAUAAACGUAACCGACAUCAGUGGUUUAAUGCUCACCUUCGUUGGCCACUGGCACGCUGGAGAAGUGUGUUCUUCAACUGUACCGGGCAGAUGGCGUUGCGUGGGCGAGCGGUUUUCUGAUGUCAACGUUGUGAACAGAGUGCCCCAUGGUGGCGGUGGGGUUAUGGUAUGGGCAGGCAUAAGCUAUGGAUAACAAACACAAUUGCAGUUUUAAUACACAGAGAUACCGUGACGAAAUUCUGAGGCCCAUCCUUGCCAUUCCUCCUCCGCCAUCACCUCAUGUUUCGGCAUGAUAAUGCACGGCCCCAUGUCGCAAGGAUCUGUACACAAUUCCUAGAAGCUGAAAAUGUCCCUUGUCUUCCAUGGCCCACAUACUCACCAGACAUGUCACCCGUUGAGCAUGUUUGGGAUGCUUUGGAUCGACGUGUACGACAGCGCGUUCCAGUUCCCACCAAUAUCCAGAAACUUCGCACAGCCAUUGAAAAGGAGUGGGACAAUCAACAGCCUGAUCAACUCUAUGCAAAGGCCAGUAUCUGGUCACACCAGAUACUGACUGGUUUUCUGAUACACACUCCUAUUUUUUAAGGUAUCUGACUGUGACCUACAGAUGUAUAUCUGUAUACCCAGUCAUGUGAAAUCCCUAGAUUAGGGCCUAAUGAAUUUAUCAAUUGACUGAUAUCCUUAUAUUAACUAACAAAGUAAAAUCUUUGGAGUAACCCCUCCCCUAAUUGGAGUUAUCUGUUGCUUAGGGGAAAACAAAGUAAAAAUAUUUUUUUAAGUUAAAUCUUUGAAAUUGUUGCAUAUUGAGUUUAUAUUUUUGUUUAGUGUAGGAUGAGUUUCACAACAGCAUGUAGCAAAUGUUCUCCUUUGCAUACACAGAUCUAACCCCUGGCAAAGAUGUCCCCUCCUGUUGUUGUCAACUCAACUUAUAGAGCUUGAGUGUUCUUGUCAUUCAUGAGUUCAGUAUCUGAGCCACAGCCAUUGGUAAACAAAGUCAAAGCUCAGUGGGCCUUACUAUACAUGGUGGCAGCCCCGCCCACUGUCACAUAUACAGAAAGAGUGGAGGCCACGGUGCUCCUCUGUCGGUCAGUCACACCACCAUGAGUUCUGUUUACAGACCUGCAUACCUCACUUGCUCUUCUUGCCAAAUGACUCCUACAUCGUGUUUUUCUUCCUGAGGGAAGACGGUAUACUGUACAUGCGUGGCCCACACACAGUUUUGUUCUGUACACUAUGCGGCAUGGGUAUUUCUAAAACAACAUGCAAUGGUGAAAAUGUUAUUCUUACGUAAAACUCCUAUGAUCUCCACUGAGUUGGUAGUGCAAUUAUAAUACUGCUGGGGAUUAAACGGUUCUCAUUUUGGACUCAUGUACAGUACCAGUCGAAAGUUUGGACACCUACUCAUUCAAGGGUUUUUCUUAAUUUUUCUUAUUUUCUACAUUGUAGAAUAAUAGUGAAGAUAUCAAAAUGAUGAAAUAACACACAUUGAAUCAUGUAGUAAACAAAAAAGUGUUUAACAAAUCCAAAUAUUUUAUAUUUCAAACUAGCGACUGCCUUGAUGACAGCUUUGCACACUCUUGGCAUUCUCUCAACCAACUUCACCUGGAAUGCAUUUCAUUUAACAGAUGUGCCUUGUUAAAAGUUAAUUUGUGGAAUUUCUUUCCUUAAUGCAUUUGAGCCAAUCAGUUGUGUUGUGACAAGGUAGGGGUGGUAUACAGAACAUAGCCCUAUUUGGUAAAAGACCAAGUACAAAUAUGUAUUUUAUUUAACUGGCAAGUCAGUUAAAUGAUUUAACCUACAUAGACGAGGACAUGUAAACAAACAGCUUCUUGACUGAUUCUGAAGAGUUGGUCAACAAAAUCACAGAAUACUCCUUCAAAACAAGGUUGUGUUCAUUUGGCACCAUACAGAAGAAAACAUCCUGAAAUAGGGAGAGAAUGCCUUGGUCGAGGGCAAGGCAUUUUAGUUUUAAGUUGCAACCUGGACUUAUUCACCACACACCUUCCAUGGGUAUCCCACUGGAAUCGAGCCAUGCUGCUCCCCAUGAAUCAAGACCAUGGGACGUAACCAGAGAGGAUUCUACUGUCUAAUUUACAGCUCUUGACAGCCCCUACAUUUUAACUGCUCGCAAGAAUAUCAGCCUUAUGGAGUGGCCUGUGGCCAUAGUACUGGCACCUACACAAGACAGUUUUUACAAUGCGGCACACUUAUUUCUUUGUCUACGACCUUGUGUUUGAACAGUGUAUAGGUUAGUCCCUGUUGACCUCUUAUGUCCCCUACCAUGCUGGUCAUUUUGUCAGCAGGAUCGUGUUUACUGUAAGUGUGAAAGUGGUAUUGCGGGUUAGCCUUCUGUUAAUGGUGGGAGAGAACAUAACCAGAAGAUGAUGUUUCCUCUACUGAAACCUUUUGGGUGGAUGGGUCUCUACAGAGAAAAGGAACUCUUAGAAAAAUAGACUCACACAUCAGAGUUGUGUGUAGGGACAAGCACUGGAAAGUGGCACAAGCUGGAGUGUGAUAGUGCAAAGUUGAUCUUUUUGUCAUUGUGGUUUCCCGAGGAUAUGGCCCCACCAUCCUCACAGCGGCAGUAUACUCUUCUGAACUAUGUUCAAAACAUUUCAUAGGAGAGGAGCUUGUUGUUUCUCUCUCUUUCACCUGCCAACCAUUGAAACGGUGGGGUUACCCAACACAUGUUGCUCUUUCUUUAUUUGAAGUAAUAACCAUCAUAUGUCAUCAAAAGAAAUGCAUUGCAUUCACUACAAUGUCUGUAGAUAUGGCUGUACAAGGACGAAGGAGCAUCCAACUCUAACGGUAGUUGUGAGGUUCACUUGAAUGGUGCAUAUUGUUACAUUAAAAGAAGUUUGUUAUUGUGUC